AUGGCACUUGUGACCAUUUUUCUUCUCCUCCAACUACUCUUGGCGCUGGCGCUGGCGCUGAAUGAGCAGACAGAAUACGCAGAGAACGAUGGCGGUUGGAUGAAGAACAACUACUCCCCAGUACAGGAGGAGGAGAGCUGUUCGGUGGAGAGAAGAGACGGCUCCAUCACCUACGCUGAGUUUAUUGAACAAUAUGCCUACAGGAGGCCGGUCAUUCUGCAGGGAAUCACAGAUAACUCAGAGUUUCGGACUUUGUGCAGGAAGGAUCACCUUCUCAGAACCUAUGGAGAACACCUAGUCCGCCUGAGUACAGCCAACACUUAUUCCUAUGAGAAAGUGGAUGUCCCAUUUCAGGAGUAUGUGGAGCAUUUGCUGAGACCGCAGGAUGUGGAGACACUAGGAUGUGAUACUUUGUAUUUCUUUGGGGAUAAUAAUUUCACUGAGUGGGGAUCUCUGUUUCGGAAGUAUAUCCCACCGCCGUUCAAGCUGCCAGGCACUACCGGGGCAUAUAGUUUUGGUGUAGCUGGUUCAGGAACGGGUGUUCCCUUCCACUGGCAUGGACCUGGCUACUCAGAAGUUAUAUAUGGCAGAAAGCGUUGGCUUCUUUACCCUCCUGACAAGACCCCUGAAUUCAACCCUAAUAGGACCACUUUGUCUUGGAUGAUUGAUGUGUACCCCAUCCUUGCAGCUGAGGAACGACCAGUUGAAUGUACCAUCCGGCCUGGAGAGGUUUUGUACUUUCCUGACCGUUGGUGGCAUGCCACCCUAAACCUGGACACCAGCGUCUUCAUCUCCACAUUCCUCGGAUAA